CUUUUUAGAACGAUUCAGUUUAGAAUUAGAUCUAGAUCUACUCUAGCUAGAUCUAUAUUUUAUUUCUUUUAAGUAUGGGUAGCCUUUUUGCUAAGAAAAAGCCUCCUAGUCGAGUUACAGAACAAGAUAAAGCUGUUCUUCAACUGAAGCAACAAAGAGACAAAUUGAAACAGUACCAGAAAAAAAUAACAGCACAGUUAGAAAGGGAUAAAGAGGUUGCAAGGGCAUUGCUUAAAGAUGGCAAGAAAGAUAAAGCAAAGCUCAUGUUAAGAAAAAAGAAAUUUCAAGAGAGUCUACUAUCCAAAACAGAUGGGCAGCUUGAAAAUAUUGAGAGAUUGGUUCAUGAUUUAGAAUUUGCCCAAGUAGAACAAGAGGUUAUCAAAGGUUUACAAGUUGGAAAUGCUUCUCUGAAAAAAAUGCAUGAGAUUCUCUCCCUUGAAGACGUUGAAAAGAUUUUGGAAGAAACUCAAGAUGGCAUUGAGAAGCAAAGGGAAAUUGAUGAAUUGCUAUCAGGUGGUUUAACAGCAGAAGAUGAGAGUGAUGUGCUAGCCGAGCUUGACCAAAUAAUGAAGAUGGGUGAGUUGGAUGAAGAAAUCAAUUUACCAGAUGUGCCUAAAGAAAGAAUAGGAGAGCCGAACAGAGCAAAAGAUUCACAGAGAGAGAAAAAAAUAGCUGUUCCCGCAUCUUGAUUAGUCAUGGCUGUUAUGAAAACUUAGAAGCUAUUUAAUAUUUUUAUUAAACUGUAAAUAUUUGUAAACUGUUGACUGUUAAUUUUUUUUACCAUUUUGUCUGCUUAAAUUAAGAAAUGUUUAUGUAUAUUUAUAAUCAGUAUGAGUGAGUGAAAGUAAUAUCUGUUAGGAAUUUAAAUAAUUUAAAGUAUUAUUAAAAGAAUGCUAGUGGUAAAUAAAAGUCUGCAUAA